AUGUACCUGUCAAAAACAACCGCGUUUCGAAGAGAGAUCAGAUCAAGACGUAGUGAAUGGACUCCACGUGUAGACGAAAAUGGAGACCCACUUCCUAAGACUGAAAGGAAACCUAAGAGGAAAGUUGCUUGCAUGCUCGGAUAUUGUGGAACUGGAUACAAUGGUAUGCAAACUCAGCCAGAUCCAAAGUUGAAGACUAUCGAAGAUGUUCUUUUUAAAGCGUUUGCUGAAGCAGGUGCUAUUUCAGAGGAAAACUCGACUGAUUUGAAGAAAAACUCUUUUAUGAGAGCGGCGAGAACAGAUAAGGGUGUUCACGCUGCCGGUAAUGUGGUAUCUUUGAAGCUCAUUAUUGAGGAUCCAGAUAUCAUCUCCAAGAUCAAUGCUGCACUUCCCGAGCAAAUUAGAGUUUGGGGCAUCGAACGUGUAAAUCGUUCAUUUGACUGCCGUAAAAUGUGCUCUUCCAGAAUCUACGAGUACCUUUUGCCAACUCAUAGUUUGCUUCCACCCAGACCUCAUUCAAGUCUUUUCCACCUCAUAGCAAAAAGCAAAAAAGAACAUCCUGGUGUCUUGAGAGAAGACAAUGACCAACAAUGGUGGGAAUCUACCAGGCAGCGAAUGCUCGACUCCGGUAUCACAGAAGAUGAACUCAAACUGGUAUUUGAAAAAUCGGAGUCUGCUCUGGAAGACAAUAUCAAGAUGGAUCAUGUCAACGAGAACGGUGACCUUACGGAAUAUGGUAAGUUGGUGAGGCGCGUCAGAGCAACUGAAAAUGCUUGUCGUAGCGAGUUUAGAGUGAGCUCUGAGAAGCUAAACUUGUUUAGGGAGGCUAUGAACCAGUAUGUUGGUUCUCACGACUUUCACAAUUUCACAUUGGGUAAGAAUUAUAAAGACCCAAGCUCCCGUCGUUACAUGAAAAGCACAAGUGUAUCUGAACCUUUUAAAAUUGAAGGCAGUGAAUGGAUAUCAAUCAAAAUUCACGGGCAGUCAUUCAUGUUACAUCAGAUCAGAAAGAUGAUCUGCAUGGCCUCUUUGGUUGUGAGAACUGGGUGUCCGAUUACGAGAAUUAGCGACUGCUUUGGUCCUGUUAAAAUCAAUAUUCCUAAGGCUCCAGCGUUGGGGUUGUUGCUAGAGUGUCCGGUCUACGAAUCCUACAAUGUGAAACUCGAGGAAUUGGGCUACAAUCCGAUCGAUUUUUCUCGUUACGAAAAGGAGAUGAAUGAAUUUAAAAUGAAGUACAUCUAUGAUAAGAUUUAUGCCGAGGAAGACAAGCAAAAAGUAUUUCAAGGCUUCUUCGAAUUUCUCGACAAAUUUGACAGCUCUGGAGCAAAGUCAGGGGGCAAGCACAUCUUUGAUUUUUUGGGUGCAGCUUUUAAUAGCGGUUUGAACAACUUGGAGGACACCAAUAGUGCAUCUCCUGCCAAGGCAGUGGAUAAUGUUGACUAG